AUGGGGUAAUUGUGCUCUACUGGUACUAAAACUAAAAUCAAAAUUUACAACACUUAAGAGAUUUUAAUAAUCUUAGAGAAAGAACAAACUAGAAAGAACUUAGAAUCCAUUUCUAUUCAAUUUAAAAACUCAAUCUUUAAUCUUUAUUAAAUGGUAGAUUCCCAGAUGACCCAGAAUAAAUAGAAUCUACUCUUUGAAACUGAUAGAAGUAAUGCCCAUAAUUCUAUUCAUAAAUUCUUAAGAAUUCUAAUUAAUUAAUACUAUAUACCAUUUCAACAAAAUUUUAUGAACGUUGCCUAUCCAAUACUUGAACUUUGUGUCGUUAAAGUAAAAUUGUUAUUAACAUAGAUCUUGAUUGAAUCAUAUCUAGCAAUGAAAACCUUGAAAUCAAAGUAAGAAAUAUGGUGGAAUCCAAACCAUUUUUAAAUUCGCAAAAGAGUGCUUGUGUCUGAAUUUAAAAUGGAUGUAAAACAUUAAAAACCAAGUAUUGAAGCACCAUUCAUCGAAUAUUUACAGUUAUUAAUAGACAUUAUCGUUUCAUUACUCAAUUAAGCAUGCAUCGUUAAUUUGAAAGAAAAAAAAACUACCCAAUAAAUAUCUGAAUCUCAUACAGACACCAAUAUAUUCUAUAGUGAAUUAAAAAAAAAUUUUGAUUAAUGA